AGAUAUUGAAGAAAGACCCAGAAUCCCCCUAUGCACAGCCAUAAAUGAUGCAGAGAAGUGCCACGAGGUGAUAACACAGCAUCUGCAGCCCGACGGCAGGCUUUACCGGCGUCAAGGGGAGAUCAACCAGCUCAAUGGUGAGGUCGUAGCCGCUGUCAACUGGCUAUGGCCUUUUGUUAUACACAUCUUCGGCCUCCCCUUCCUGAUCCCAAUCAUGAUAGCCAGUGCUUUCCUUCCAAGCAGAGACGACGUUACAGCAAAUGCGGAAAACGCACAGGCGCAAGAGCAACGUAUUAUGGGCAUCGAGAAGGACGUGAUUCAGGACCUUGACGAGAACCAAUGCUUGGCAUUUAACAACAUCAUGCUGCUAGAGGGUGCUUUGGCAUAUCAGCCGUUGGAAGGUAUGACGGGGCCUACGGCGGAUCAGCUAGCUCAUGGUAAGAGGUUGCUCGGAACUCUGCACGAGGACGUUGUGCGGAUGAUCUUGGAAACUCAGCGUCACGACAAGUCAUAUGUUGAGGCACGGCGAAGGGUUGAUCGGAUCGAGGAUGCGAAGAGGAAGACGAGGGGUAAAACCGAUAGUGAAUACUGGGCUACUAUAGGGGAAGCGGUGCGCGAGGAGCAGAGGUUUCAGGAGCGGAUGAGGAUUGAGGGUAUUCCCCAACCGGUGCAGGGCGAGGGGUGGAUUUGCCCAUGCGUUAUCCUUUGA